AUGAUAGAGGGAAUUAUCGCCUAUUUGCAAGGCCUUGUCGACACAGACGAAGACAAGGCGUAUCUUGUGAAUUACUUUUCGGCCAACGAGUUCCAGUCUCUACUUUCUGGAGCGACGACCCAUACUGUAAUAAAACUCACUAAUUUCCCGGGAAUCGAUUUAUUUCUACAGAACAUCAAGGGCUACCAGUUGUUGUUGUCCUCUUAUAAAGGCGACGCCCGCUAUCUACUACUUUUGUUCCAUAGCGGCAAGGUCACACACUUUUCCGAGUUCACUCUUUCAACGGUUCACCUACUAUUGGAUCAGCUCCCUCUGUCUACGUUUCAAUAUCUAGACACUAUUGCGAGAAUCCGAUUUCUGCAACAACUGGCUUCCUCAUAUAACGUAGCAUUGAACAUUUUCCCCAGCUAUCUUACGCCCCUGUUUAUUGAGACUUUUCAUAGCACUGUGCUCCUCUUUCUGCGUUACUAUCCUUGCGAUCCUAAAUCUAUUUCGGGAAAGGCAGAGGCAUUGCAGGACAUCGGUAUUAGCCAGCUUACAGUCGAGGGACUGGAGCAAAGCAUGGCAGACAUUCGUAACCUUGUUGCCGGUACAAGUGAGGCAAAGGCGUCUUCUCCAGAACCUUUGCAAGUUUCUCUUGGAACGCACCGCGAAGUAGUUCUACUUCUUAGUGUGUACCUUUCUACUGCUCUGGCGUCUUUUCAUGCUCUGGCUUCGGAGAUUGCCUACACUUUCUCAACCUAUUCACAUCUGCCAACGCUUACAGACACACUGUUGUACCUGCACCAGAUGAUGUCUCGAGUUGCAUAUGCACUGAGCUUCUUAGAGUCCCCUCUCGUUUUAGAACUGCUUCAGUUUGUUCAGUCAGCUCUGGAGGGCGCCAGAUUAUCUAAUCCAAAGCAGCGAUCCAAGACUCUGACAGAUCUCGUCACUGCAGAAAACAAUAUUAUUCUCCAUCUGCAGUCGCUGAAGACCGAUUUCAUCUCCGUCAAGGCCUUACUUCAUAGAAACAUGCGUCUUUUGGAUGCUAUCGUUCCCUUCAUUUCAUCUAUUCACGACAUUCUUUGCCCAUUCACUGUACAAUUGUCGUGUGAAUUGCACAUGAUAUGGCCUAAGAGAGAUACGGUGGUGUCCACAACUUACUUUUACGAACUGCUGCAUCAGUUGUUAAAUCUUGAUUAUAAAACCAUUCUCCACACAACAGAGACAAUGUACACUAUCGCCAAUUCUCUUGAUCUUCGUCGGGUGGAUGGGAACCCUCUGAUUCAUGAUACUGUCGAGGGUGUGCAGAAAAGACGACCUCACGAUCUAUCCCUCUCACCACAGUUUUGUCUUUCCAUCAUAAAACUAUUCGCAAAUGACAUGGACCUUUGUCUCACAAAUCUAAUUCUUCUCUUUUGCAAUGAGAUAAUAGACGGUUCAUCCUCAAAAGACGACAUGAAUACACUUGUAUCUGCCCUGUCUUCUCUGGCGUCGUUGACACCAAGUAAUGGUCAUCGUUUUAGCGCCAGUACAACUCUUGACACAGAUCUAGAUCUUGGCGACCAGUCGAAAGAGCCUGCUGAAUCUUCUUCAGGCGUAUCUAGAACGGUCGAGGUUCUACAACUCGUACUUGCUAUCACUAAAAUUGAGCAUAACUCCAUGAGAAACUUUGUGUUUAUGACAGCUGAACCAGAUUUGUUCCAAUCCUAUAUGCAGCCUCCUUUGUCCAACAAUGGUUCCCAUCACGACGGCCCAGACAGUACAGAUAGCACAGACAGUAUACUUUAUGGUCUGCAGAUGUCCCACGUGUCCCUUCCCAACCAGUCCUUUUCGGCAUCUGGGUCUGCGUCCACAGAGGCUGUGUUGGGUCAUUCACAGAGCCCUCUUUACAGCACCUUAGCAGGACAACUAGCGCCUCAAGGGGCAGACGCUCUUCAUAGAUCUGACUGCUUGGCAGCGUGCCGAGCCAAAGAGCCACAGCAACUCACUGCGGAUGAGAUAUUCGAUAUGAAGGUGGCUGACAUACUAGAGGCACCUAUUUACAGGCUGUGCAUAACAGAGUUUGCGCCUCGAUCUAUCGCCUCUCUUUAUUUUCUCAUUCGGAUUGCUCAUGCAGCGUACUUCUCUUAUUCGCGGCUCCAGCUCAUUUUUGUGCAGCUCUAUAGACCUGCUUCUGGUCACAAGGAGACUACUUUUAUGCAGGCAGUUCAGCCAGGGUCUUUGCACCUUGAAGUUACAUCCACAGCAGCGUACAAGGCAAACAGCGCGGUUGCGGCAGAUAUUUGUCUCUAUACCAUUGCUCUGCGCAACAUAGUAGAGGCAUCUGGGCCGAUUGAAAUCAUUAAGCUGGCUCUCCUUAACUAUCAUGAGUUCGAAGCCCUUCACCCAAAGGAAGGCAGGCUGUUUCAAACUAUUAUGAACAGCGAUACCUCUUUCAUUCAUACUGUUAUUUCGUACAUCGUACAAAAGUAUCUGGUUGACACAUCACCAACAGUGGGCCUCUGUGCCUUGUUUGUUGACUCACAAGCCCAGCAGUUACAAUUCUGCAAGGAGAUGGAGCUGGCCCGUAGCAAGGUUCUUUCUCUCGACUCAUCUUUAUGCAGAGAAAAGCCCCUUCAGAGAAUCCCAAGUUCAUGUCUCGACAAGUCAGUAGAAGUUCCUAAUGGCACUCACUUUGCGCUACUCAUGGAACAGAUUCUAGAAAUGUGCCGUGCACAGCUUAUAGAGACCUUUAAAAUCAAUUAUACCCUUCGUCUGCAGCUGAGCGCGACAUCUGCACUCUCUUUUGUGAAGAAAGUCUCGUCAUACAUUAUGUUUAUGUUCAAGGGACGAGCAAGAGAGCUGAUUCAAUCUUUUUAUGACGGAGUGAUCAAAGUUGCAGCCGAGACUAUUCGGCAGACAGAGGCUUACUUCCAUACAGUUUUAUGUAAGUUUGAGACAAACACAUUUGACGAAAUACUAGACAAUCCCAGGCGCAUAACCUUCUUGCCCAAAUGGCCACUCUUCAUCCGGGGAAUCUUGGAAGCUGUGGCAAUCAUCAAUAGAUUCAUAACAGCAACGGAUCUUUCCAUGCAUUCGGAGAUUCUCACAAACGUUGCCCUUCGAGAUGAUAAGUUGCGGUACAACAUGAACAAGUUGGCACUGCUUCAUAGCCUAAGCUCAGACAUAGGGCUGAAGGCUCUUAAAGCUUGGCUAAAGGAUUCAUUAGAACACUGUCACCAACUUAAGUGCUUUGUUCUACGCUUGUCGGAACAGUGUGCGCCAUCCAUGCUAUCAUUGUAUAUGUCGGAUACGCUCUUUAAUUCUUUAGCAAAGGCCUUACUCAGUCGCGUGACCGUGACUUAUGAAGUUAAUGCCCCACAGCAUGCUUUGCAAUUUGCUUUAGAGCUGGAGCUGCUUGGUCGCUUUGGGAUUUUGAGGAUUACAGAGCCUUUUAUGUGUCGCUUUCUAUUGAAGGAGGAUUUUCUUUCGCUAAUUGAUGUAAUCUAUACAGAGUUGCAGAAUCCCGAGGACCCUCUAGAGACACUACUUGUUGGAGCUUCGUUCGUGGGAGAGAGUGUCAAUACUCCUGAGCACGAGAGACUCUCAGUGGAGUUGCUAUCACAAUCAUUCUCUGGGCCUACCGAUUCAAUCUCUAGCAGUGCCAGUGCUGGAAGCGAACUUCGAAGACCCCUACUCUCCAAGUCUGAACCAGGCCUUGACCAUAACUUAGCAGCAUUACAUGCGUCUUCACAGGAGCAAGCAAGACCAAGUAAUAUCUUAUUCGCCAAAGUUUUUAUUAGUAACUAUGCUUCCAUAGUCUCUAGAGUUAAGGUGCUUGUGUCUCUUGUACAUGAGAUUCUUCGCACCCGUAGACGCUAUUCGAAUAUACUAUUUGCAAACCCAUUUCUCCUAUUAUUUGCAGGGUCGCAUUACAUUUUGAUAGAAAAGGAGUUGGAGCUGUUCGCCGCUAAGUUUGAUUGGCUUUCCACCGAGUUUCAGGUGACCGCUGAGCGCGUCUACAAGGCCGUCCACAAACUGGACAGCUUUGUUAUUGCCCUUCAGUUCAUUAUGAAGGGUGUUCUUCGCCCCAUUUUUAGAGAGCUUCGCAAACCAGCAGCAAUUCAGAGGUCUGGUAAUAAGCAAUGCUCACUUGCAGAACUAGAAACAGGACUCAUGAAAUAUGCCCUUCAGCGAAAUCUCUUCGUAGAUGCUUCUGUCAAUCGUCUUAUUGACGCUAUCAACCGAUGCCAAUCGAUUCACGAUGAAUAUUAUCCAUCUGGAAAGCUAGCUCUACACUACUAUUCUCUCUUUGUCUACAUUCUAGGUCCACUUAGACAGAGCCAAGUACUAGACCGAGCCGGAAUAACCGACAGCGAAGCAAGAACCAUGUUUUCUAAUGCACAGAGCUCGCUUCAAGAAGUAUACAAGCAAGCUGUUGUUCAUCCAACGGAAGUCCUUACCAUUUGUCGCCAUGUGCAGAUCAUGCUUCACGAGGAGCUGUAUGCGGUUGUAAAGACCCAGAUUUCUCAGGCACUCUUAUACCAUAUUGAAAAGCUCUCAUCUUCGCUGUUACACGUCAUUAUAAAUCCACAGACGGGGCCUGUCAUUUUGUUGACGUUAAACAGGACUGCUUCAACAUUUACCACCAGCCCCGAUUAUACACUGCUGCCAAUAAUCAUAUACACUAUUAUAUCUAGCCUUAAAGUUAUCCUGAGCUCGGCGAUUCAUUCUGCGUGCAGCCGAGUGAGAGCAAAUCUGAGCUUGCCAGGGAUGGCGGGGGCCUACAAAUCGGUAGAGUCAAAUCCACUCAUUAUGCGUUAUGAACCUGAGUCCAAAAAUCCCUUUGAUAUCUGCAAUAUAGAUGAUGAUCCUCUUGUGCGUGCCGUCAAACUGGAACACAUGUCUCCAGCACCCCACUUAAGAUCGAAGUCUGUCACGCCUCUGUCCCGCUCCAGAGAGCUUCGUGAACAGCUCCUGACAUCCCCCUGUCCACGGUCUUUGAGUCAAUCGAUUGCACGCAGAUCUGCUAUGUUCGAAGAACUGGCCAUCCUGAGCGCCAUACAACACGAGACCGAUAUUGGGGAUAAUUCGAUAAGUCUUUUGCAAACGUAUACCAAAGUAGAUAGCGUCAUAGUCGAGCAGAAUAUCGACUAUGUCGAACUAUUAGGUGUGUCCCGAGACACGUAUGAGCUUUCGCAAGCCUUGCGAAUAUAUGGCACCUUUCAUGAGCUAUUGAUCUUCGUCAAGAAGCUUAUUCGGUCCUUUGAUGCAGCGUCUUCGUCGUUCUCAGUCGCACAAAAGACGUGUCAGCAACAGCUUCUUGCUGGGGCUACUGAUGCGACACAAGGUAACUAUCUGGAGGCAUAUCAUGAGAUGAUUCGGGCAGCUUCACUGUCUAACCGAACCAUCGGCACACUGAUGGAGGCGCAUCCUUUGACUACUUUCUACGCCAAGAAUCCUGUCGGCUCCGUGGUUAAGAUAAAAGCCUUACAUAACUUCCAGGACACCGGCUACCUAUUUAGCCGUCUGUCUCUUCUGGAGAACGACCUGCACUUGACACUGCAAGCAAUAACUCUUCUUGACGUUCUCAGCAUUGAGCUGAUCAAGCUGAGCGAUGCAGCUGCUGGCGUGCUCGACAGCAGAGACGCAAUCCAGAUGAUCAAGCAUGACCUGGAUACCAAGCGGCUCUCGGAGGCCCACAGCUUUCGCCUGAAGCUGAUGCUCUUUGUAGAGACGCUCUAUGAUGUAUUCAAGCGGCUGUCUCCGGAGCUUGUUCUCAAAAUAGAACAGGACGUCUCGUUUGACUACCUUUCUCGCGUGCUUCACGGUAUAAAGACCUUUGAAAUCCUCAAUAAUAUAGUUCUUGACUUUGUGCAGGUCUUAGAGCAUCUCUUGGAAUUCAUUCCAGAGCGUGCUUAUUAUCACGAGAGGCUAGAGCUGCUCUUUCCUUUGGAUGACAUGUUUAUCGGAAAUAUUAAUCUUCUCUCUGUUAACAUUACUAAGGUAACGAACGAUGUGCGAACAUUUAUUAAAGAAAAGUACCCAAAGUUCACAGAGUCCAUAAUUACGCAAAUAAAGUACAGCUACGGGGACUGCCAACUACUAAGAAACUAUCUUACGGAAGCAUCUCCGUGCUCAAAUGUUUUCAAAUCGUUUGGAGAACUGUGGGGACAACGAUACCUGGUCCAGCUAAAGCCGUACCUACUUUCCAAUAUUACUGAGUUUACGUGGGGGAGCACCAAUCUGUAUCGGCAGAUGUCUGACUAUAACCCCGACGUUCCGUCAUGUGACGAGUCCACCAGUUUAUUCAAUAGUUCUGGCAGCGAGUGCGAAGAUAAUUGUGACAUAGAGGGGAAUGGCUCACGGCAAACACUUAUUCACGGAUCAGGCAACACCGUGGAUGCCGCGACUUCUAGUAUCUUGCCAUCGACCAAAUUCUCUUCGCGCACAACGUUUCUAGAUGAGGAUUCAACAAAGUUGCUGUACAAGCGUGGAAGACACGAGCUCUCCUUGCGCAAAGCUCCUCAGCGAUUCCGCGGAGUGUCUCCGGCUCAACGAGAUCCGGAAGAAAGCUACUCGGACACAUUUAAGCAUGACUUUGAACCACUGGAUGCGGCAACAGAUGUGCAACCUUACAACUUCUUAAGCAUAAAUAUUCGAUGCAUGCUCGCUGACAUCCAUAAUGUGCACACAAAGGCGCUCAGCGCAGAGUUGAUCCACCAGUUCAGGCACGCAUUGUUUUCAUGUAUCAAGCCGUUAGGAGAAGAGACCUACUAUAUUGUAAGCAACGUGUUCAAAGAGGCUCUAUGCCUGCCUCAGUUUACAGAAAUAUGCGUGACUGACACUGAUAUCGCAAGCAUUCUUCCCUCUUCAGAGAACCCCGUCCAGGGUUUAUCGCGUAGCAGUCUUAGCCUUCUUCUCAGAAAUGAGAUCACACACGCUCUCGCAGACAGAAGCCUGGGCUCCGCUCUAGGAGGUUCUUCAGAUGCCACCGCUUCUAGCCGCCCCACAAAGCCGCUGUGGGUAAGGUUGGUAUCGUUCCACACCUUUCCUAAGGAUGACACACGUUUCCUGAGCUCUAUUGACUACGAUAAAUAUGUUUAUUGCAUACAACUUAAUGACUCUGAUGCCAUUCCAACAAACGAGUCUAUUCAGAAAUUUCUCGAGACAUACGUGGUAUUGCGGAGUUCACCUAAUAAGAAAGCGAACCGCAUACGGCUCAAUAAUGUCACCACUAUCUCUGAAAGUCUCUUGUUAAUGAAUUCUUCAGGCGAAUCACACUCUUCAGACAGCAAUGACACAGACGAUGUGGUGGAUCAAGAGCCAUAUACACAACUAUAUAAGCUGGCUAUUUGCAAUGAUGGAUCAGCUUGUGCUUCAUCGGAGAAGGAUGCACACCACAAGGAGACUAUUCUGCAGGAACAUGGUCUGCACACGAUCCCCACCGUCUUCGGUUCCUACUCUCUUCGCGGAUUUAUAAUUGUCGUCUGGGAGAUCACCCAAGUUAAUACGCGAGAAUAUCGCCACCCACCUUUUCUAUCCUUUACCAUGGCGAAGAAGCUCAAGGAGCGACUCUUCGAGAGCAUUUUACAAUCUAAUAUUCUCAUCCUCCAGCUCAAUGAAAAGCUGGAGACAUGCACGAAGAUUGCUACCGCGGUUAAAGUUCACGGCUGUCUGGAAUUCCUUUCGAAGAUACCGGCAGACCAGUAUCGCCGCAUCCGCGCGGAUAUCUCGUGCACAAAAGGAUUGCUUGUGCUUUUCACAAGGUUCAUCAAUCUCAUUCUGAUCCUCUAUAGUUGUUCCUGGAAGAUUCUCACCGCAGAAGUAGACUUUUCACUCACUACUCCUGAAGGACUGAUGGCUAUAGGAGAGGGUGUAUCUCCAGCCUAUGAGCAACUCAGAGAGAUAGGAUCGUCUAUCCCAGGGAAGCUCAGUAACCAGAUAGCGUCCAUGUCGGCGCUUAUGACUGCUAUCUACUCGUUGUGGACAGAUUAUUCUGUUCUCAAAAGGGCCGUGCAUGUUCUGCAGACCACCAAAUCCAGAAUAGAGGGAAUCUCUACAUAUGAUAUGACACCCACCGUAGAGCAAGACUCUGUUUUCCUCAAUGACUUCUACAUCCAAAUCCUCACGAACGAGCUUCUGCACAGCAACCCUAGUCUGAUCAGAAACUCGGGAGAACGCGGGAAAUUUACUGCUGGCGGUGUGGAGGGCCUUGAUUGUCAACUUCAGGAGAAGAUUGAUGGAACUUUUCGAGGAAAGGUGAUGAUUGGAAAAUUUCUAUUGACAUAUCUGCAGCUUUUCUUCUCUUAUGCCAUGACUAUCUCUCUCAUGCCAUUCCGGCACGAGAUUUCUCACAGGUAUUACGAAGUUGCCGGGGAGCUUCUCAGUCUAUGCUGCCUGUAUAGGGACUUCUUUAUACCGCCCCUCAGCACCAUGCUGUCCUCUAGAGUUAAAAUCGAUCUUUUUACUGAAUUGUGCACCACUUGCCUGGAGCCAGCAGAUAGUCUAGAAGCACUACCCCUUGGGUGCUAUGUUGACACCCUGUUUACCCACGAGAACAUUGAGUAUAUUGAUAGAUACACCUCUGAGGCAAAAGAAACCACCGCUGUGCUGCUCGACUAUCAUGCACUGCUAACUGAGCAUAAGGCCGUGCUCUCCAUUGCGACGUCUAACUAUUGGUGCUUCUUCAAUGGAUUCGAAAAUUCUGUGCUUACGCCCAUAUCUUGCCUCAUACUGCUUAGGGAAGAAAAGGUUCAACAUCUUUGCAAUCUGAUUCUCAAAGUCAAGCAUCGUUUGCAGUCCAUUGUAACCCGCUUUAACCGCUUCAGGUCGCUCCUCUGCACAUCACCCGAAUAUCGGUCGCUCCUCGAUGUUUAUACCAGAACGAAUCUGCUGCUGAAACUCCUAUCUCUGAUGAAGAAAUCUGGCCAUCAAAUCGAGAGCGUGCUCAAGGCUGCUCUUCUUAUACGUGCAGACGUGCCUGCCCGUCUUUCAUCUGAGCAGUGCACUAGAAGAUAUGCACCAAACUACUUUGAUAUCGUUGACGAGAGAGUUUGGGACGCAGGCCACAUUCCGCUGCUUUUCAAUGUAGAUCAAUACAAGGCUAUCUCAAAUACUCAUCUUCAACUGACUGCUAAGCCAAGGGUCAGUGCUGCUGGACAUCAGGAGAGUGACCUUACAGUCUCAGGAAGCUUAAGCGUAACAAGCAUCCACAGCGGGCCAGAUGCAUCCGUUGUAACAUCUGAGUAUGAUAGGCAUCAGGACAUGUCUCCGUCAAAUUCUUUGGGCAGUGAGCUUCGGGUGGCAGAGCUCCUCGCCAUGGCAAAGCCCCGGGCACCUCUAGAUAGCCCAUUUGAACCCAAUGACUUGAAGGACACACAAUUAUACAGCACAAACAUCUUUCUAAAUCAAAGUAAUGCAGUAAGGACCGUGCCAUGCUAUAUAAAAGACCCCGGUACUAAUCUAAUCUCAAUUCAUCCUCUAAUCAAGUCGCUCAGCACACAAUUUACAGCUCUGGCUCCUCAAUCUGCAAGCUCCACAGAGGCCCGCCCAUUCUUGCUUCAGUGCGAAACUUCUUUGUCAGGAGUCGAAGAGAAUUAUGCGUUUACCAAACACUCCACUAUUGCGGCUCCAGACCGUCCACUCUCCAAUGACCAGUUCAAGCAAUACCUAUCCGCAGCCCCUGAGACCUCUUUUCCCUACGAAGAGGUCAACAAUGUCUAUGUGCGAUGGCCGAGCAUCUUUACCAAGGUCAAUGCUGACCUUUCUUCGUCUGGAUCUGGAGUUGUUAGCAUCAAGUACACUAUAACAGAACUUGAGUCGUUUAUUUCAGCGGCUGAAAUAUCUUUUGCGGCCUUCUUUGAUCGUUGGAGACGCUUCUAUCCUCCUCUACUUUCAUUGAGUGACGCCGAAAUGCUUCAGCUCUAUACCUAUACCUACGACAAAAACGUCUUGAUGGAUGAGUCAUAUUACGCCCUGCUUACCUCCAACAAUCACCUGUACAUUGCUCCCUUGGAAUUUGAGUCAGAGUUGACGCAAAAGCACUUUGCAUAUUGUAAUAAGUUUAGGGAGAAACUAUCUAUGGCAGAGUUUUAUAUGCUGCCCAACCAUAUGCAGGCUAUUUUGGGAAAGUUGUUUCCAAUCUCACACAUGAGUCAAAGCCCUGGCAAUGCCAAAGGCAUCUAUAGAUCUCUGACUUACUACAGUAAGCGAACAUCUCUGCAGAUUCUUGGCUUUGUCUACGGGAUGUCAAGACGGUGCAUUCUUGGUACCUUUCUUUCAGAUAUGUCUGUGCUGUUAUUCACUCAGAAAAUUGUGUGCUCUGUCGACGUAGAUGAUAGAAUAGAUCCUGUAAGCUGCUCUGAACUGUUUUACACAACGUUGAUGCCAAAGUGUACGGAUGAUUCAGACUUCCAUGCCCGCCCGACUAUUCCUCUAUCAACGUUUGUUGUUUUGCCGUACAUAGAUCAAGAGAUAAAAGCAUCCAUCAAGUAUCUCUGUGUCACCUAUGCGUGUAGGUACAAUCUUGUCCAGACAGAUUCGUUUAUAAACUACCUUACCACGACAAUCUCCAUUGGGCAGGAUAUCAAGACCCCAGACAACUUUAUUUCGGCGCUCUUUAACCCUGAUCCAGCCGUGUUUACUUCAUUUGCGAAGCGCUUGCUGGUUUCUAUCCUCGAUUUGCAGCCUAUCUCCAAGCUCAAGGCAUUUGUGAAAGAAGAGUUUUUAUUAGCCAUAGGCCAUUUACCGGAUUGCAUUAUAAUUGAUUUGAUAUUGUGUCGAUACACCCUUUUAAUCUCCAAUUAUUUAUUGAGCUAUUCAAUCUCCUAUAAGGAAGGUCAAGCUGACCCCACCAAAACCUUCAUAGAAAUAGUUGAUGAGCUUCACUACUAUUCCCGUAUAUUCUUCCAGCACAGGAUCCCCUAUCUCCGUGUUGUCAUUGAGAGUCUUUUGCAAGGAGCCUUUGCGAUAUAUAGAAAUCACCAUGGCCUUCUGGAUCUCCUACUAAAAGUUGCCCAAUCCGUAGAGCAAGCAGUCAAUGAUCUCAAAAUCACUCCACUUUCUGUCUUUAUUCACGAUCGGUGUACGCUGCUCCUGGCCACGACUCCAGACAAUGACUUGGUCGGCGAUAUCCAUGACAUCUUUUUAAGGGCCUCAUCGCUCCUUCACCUCCACAUGAUAGAGCAGGCCCACGCCCAAGAUACAGCAAUUCACGAGCUUGCAUGGGCACUUACUGUUCUAUUAGGUGAGGAGCUUGCUAAAUCGACAAUAGAUUCCAGUGCUAGGUGCAUACAAAUAGACGCGUCUCUUAUUCCCGAUGUUACUAGCAAACUGCCGCCCGUACAGAUAGAUUUCCCGGACACACGUGGCCUUCUUGCUGGCCUUCUUUUCGGUUACAUUGAGCGGCUCCCUACGCCCCUCGUUCUGAAGAGUGCUCCUUCUGUGGAAUAUAUAACAAAACCUCCCAGGUGCUGUUCUCUGGGGGGCUCAGUUAUUCCAGACCAGUUGCGCAGCUAUAUGACUAGCACAGAUACAGGUCCGCCUGACUUUGUGCCUGAUCUCUACAGAGAACCUGUCGCCAAUCACCACCUAUAUUCGUAUGAUGAUCCUCUGGUACAGUUGUCCACCUCGUCCUUGUGCAGGUUGUCGUCUUUUCGUCUUCUUGUUAGAGUGGCGUACGCUUUGGAACUGAAAGAGUUUAACUUAAUCUGUCCACACCCAGGGCUCUACUGCUCGUGGAUUGUUAGGAAUACAAUAGCUGAGUACACGCUUUGCUCCGUUAUCAAUAAGGUGUAUCGCUGGCCAGAUCUAUACAGCACUGUCUAUACUCCCGAGAAUGUCCGACUGUCCAUUUACUUCUUCUCUCUCUUGACAGGGCAUUACCUGAUUGACAAUGAGUCCGAUUUAUAUUCUACCACAGCCGCGUUCCUGCAGAAGCAGGUGGGGGAUCUUUGGAGGUCUCUCAUAUGUGGUAAUUACAUCAUUCUUAGGCAGGAAUAUAUGUACAAACUUAACUCACUACUGAUCGGCCUUUAUACGAGUAUUUCAGAAUUUUCAGGCACACCUCUGACAAGAAAGAUGUACCGACAGUCCAACAAUAUAGGGGUCUUGAACGUUGGCCAAUCUAGUCGAGCCUUUAUUGCUAACAAUAUCAAUCUCAUGGUUGUUCCUUUUGAAUUGCGUCGGACAGAUGUCACUGAAUUUUCCGCUACAUGUCCAACUGUUAUAGGGCCUCUUUCCCGAGUGCUUGUAUUCGGCACGACACCACUAAAGGACACGCGUUAUGCGGACUAUAUUAUUGACUGCCUUUUUCCUCCUUCAUCGGGCUUAGCUAGAUCUAAACUUGUUGACAGAUACGCAUUAGUGGAUGAAGCAAGAAAGAGAAGUACCGAUGUGACCAGGCCCUCACUCACUGAAGCCUUCAAUCUUCUUCCAGUUUCAAUAUUUGAGUAUUUAGAUAAGGCUGAUUCUGAGAAGGACCAGUGCUCACCUAGUAGCAAAGCAGCUCUUGAUCCGCACACUGAGCGCAACAUGGAUGUUACGCUUUUUACACUAUUUGCUCUGUAUAAUUGCAUGGCAGUGUACUGCAAGGUCAAACCAGAUUGCAGCGUAAUUGACGAGCUGUGCACUUCUCUUGCACAGAAGAUUGUCAGAGUCCUUAGUGUCUUUCAUCGGCUUAUGGCAACGCCUCCAGAUUCCGGACUUCUUGGUGCUGCGACAGUUUUGAGCAGACCAAUCAUGGAGCUGUGCAUAGCCAUCUCCCUGAACCUCAUGCGGAUGCAGUGUACUGCGGAGCAUAUUGAAGAUGAAGCUUUAUCUCUUCUAGCCCUGCUAACUCCAGCUGGAAGCACAUCGCUGAGCAAACGAAUGCUUAAUCGUCUGUCAUCAGAUGCCACCACUCUGGAAAGGGACGAAGCGUUUCUUCGCCUUCUGAAGAGACUAUUCCAGAAUAGCGACGCUCAUCUCACUCCAUUUGGCAAGGCUGUAUGUGCUCAUCCACUGGCGGCAUUUCUCAUGCUAACAAAUUACGCCGACACAAGUCUUCUCAAUGAUUUAAGUCUGCCACAAGCCCAUCCAUGCUAUUCUAUAGUCGCUCUCACUUCUAAUCCCUUUGUCCAAAUUGGCUACGCCAGACUUUUGCGUCCAUAUUCUCCGCAGAUUGAUCGCCUCCAACACGUUUACAGUGUAGCCGAUGUUCCUAUUGUUGCUCUUAUCAGUAAGGUACAUAGAGAUAUGUGCCGCUCUCCCGCUGUCAAGAUACAGGACGAAUCUGCGCCUCUGCCGCCAGGACAGCUUAGACAUGCUUUGUUUCAGAAAUACAUCCUGUGCGAGGAGAUCCGAGCAGAUGGAAGCGUUGACGUGAAGGUUAACUAUCUGUAUAUCUCUCUCAUCUAUAGAAGGUUGUUGCAGCUGGCUCAGUUAACAGGUCCACCUGAGAUUGUGCUGUCUGGACAAGUAGUUCUGUUUAUCUUAAUGAUCUAUAAGCUCGCUCGGAUGCUUUCUUUCAACUUUAGAUACAUUCUUGUAACAAAUGCCUCGAAUUCUAACACCCUUUAUUUGAUGACGGAAAUAGCCGCGUCUGUCUCGUGCGAAAUUGAAGCUAAACCAUACUACAGCCCGAAUUUCUAUAUGUGUAAGCAACUCAAACAGUUGUCUGCUCCUACUCCAUGCCCCAAGUACGAAGCCACUGAGCAGCUUGAGCAAAUAAUUCACCAACGUUAUGCACAAGAGAGCACAUCGAACCAAGGAGGUUGCUUGUCCAGUAUUCUAUCUCCUCUUGCUUCUCGUCGCGCUGUAGCUACACCAGUAAUGUCUCAGCCAGAGCCUCCUCGUACGCAGCUAAGAAAAUCUGGCUUGCAGACUGUGCACCUUCACAACUCAGACCUCAGCGCUGAUACGCCGUCCAGCGAGACGUCUAGUUUUACUGACCAGUCCCAGACUGUUGCACAUCAGCUUCCUUUUGAUGCAGCCGGGGGGACGCGUAGGUUUAAACAGUUAGUUGGUACACGGUUGAUGAGCUCGCAGCCAGGAGGCUUUGCUUUUUCCUCGAAAACUGAUAACAGCAUUGGAGCAGGCGCAGAAAGAAAGCGUAGCUUCCGAAGUAGCUCUGCUUCGGUGAUAUCCGGCUUCAAGUCGUCAGCAAGAAGUUUGUCUCGCGGUAUAACAAACCAAAGCGUUGAUAGGUCGUCGCACUCCAUGAAGCGUAAAAGGUCUGCAAGCACAGGGCAUCUUUCGUCUUUUGCUAAAGAAGUCGAGGGAGAUACUAGUUUAUUAUUGAAGACCAAAGAUGCAGGGCUGACGUCUUGGUCUGUCCAAAGUGUGUGUCUUGAGUUUCCACGUCGAUUCUUUACGCGGUUUGCGCCAAAGAUCCUUGAGGCCACUAAUCAGAACGCAAUGGGUAGCGUUAGCUUCUAUGACACGCUGACUGGGGAACGGCUUUCUGACAUUAGCGAAGGAAAUCAUAGAAGGAGCUUGGAACUAACUUUAGAAGAUUCUAUUGCUAAUCUGUAUACUCACGAUCCGCUUGCAGAUUCACAGUCAGCUAUUGAAAAAGAGCAGAAUAAUACGUUUUCUCAACAUGGCAGCCACAUGCUAGUUGAGCAAUCCAAUGGCGCCUUCAAUCUGAGUCUUCUCAGAAUAGAGUCAAGCGCUAGAAGAACCUUUGCAAGCCGGAUUUUAACGAGCCAAAAUGCUGAGACAGAUGACUGUCCGCAACUACUUACUUUCACAAAUAGUGCCGCCAGGGCCUAUGAUCCUAUCUCCCCGGAAGAAGCUACGGUGUUGAACUUUAUAGCAGGCCGCCAAGGUCCUCUCUUUAUGCCCACUAAGUCUGCAGGUAUCAGCAGAGUUCGUUAUAUAGCUGUCGGAAGUAUCUCGUCAGCGGAGACCAUUAUGGGCUGGAAGGACUUUACUCCUCAAGUGACGGAUGGGCCAUAUAACAGAAUAGCAUACCCUGGCAGCAGUGCUUUUUCAUUAGAUAUAGAUACUCUCAUUACUUGUCUGCCAAUUGUUAUUUAUACUCGUGAAAAGGCAGUCUGGCCGAUUUCCAUACAGGCUCUAACGAUCCCUGAUGCACUCAACUCUCUAGUGUCUCUUCGACUCUUUCUCACGGAUUCCUUACAUAAUCGGAUUUAUGGAGAGCAGAAUAUAGAACGGGGACUUUCGAGAGCUCAGCAAGAAGUCUCUCGUGCCGUCACACGACUAGCAAACUCACACCACGUACCCAUAAUAUUACCUCCUCAACCAGGCACAUUUAUCGCUGCACGUGGUGGUGCUCUCCAAGCAGGCAAUGAGUCACAAACAAAUGAAGGCGCGCAUAAAGCAGGCAGUUUAAGUAUGAACGUCUAUGGCGGCUCUGUUGUUACCUCGACGGCUGCAGCAUCUCAUCUCUUUCAUGCGCUGACAUGCUAUGAUACUACGAAGAACACAUUCCCGUAUCUAUUUGAGGUCUACAAUGAAACUGUUCUUCAGCACGUAUCAGAUUGCCUUUGGGCCUAUCUCAUCCUUCCUCUUCUUCACGAGAUAUUCAUUGUUAACAAUCGCAAAAAGCAUUCUAAUGAUUCCAGCGAUAUGAGACUGUUUCAAACGCGACACUAUGAGUCUUUCGUCGAUUACCUUCGGCUGGAAUUAGCGGAAAUAAUCACGCAUUACACAAAUUCUCUCUCUAAGUACCAUGUUCUACAUGAGAACAAAAGCACAUUUAUUCUUGUCAAUCUCAACACAAUUUUUUGCCUGCAUCAAUCCGAACUUUACGAACUGUCUAAGAUUACACCAAGCACCACUAAACACGAGGCAACCCAGAUGUUGCGGGCAGCCCGCUCAGCAAUCUCGUCAAGUGACGAGCGGAGAGCAGACAUACUGAAGAAUGUUGUGUUCUCGGUUGCAUGCUCUGUUUUCAGAUAUAUGUGCACCAAGGCUGCAGUUUCUCCAAAGACAUUCGACAAGCUUAUCAAUUACAUGCAAAUCAUUCCUAGCUACAGCAUAAACGAUCCACUGGAGAAGGUUCUUGCAGAAGCCAAUUUAGCCACGAACUACUCUGAUUUGCCGGAAAAAUCUGUAACAAAACUCACUUAUAAUCCCAUUAACGAUGCAUUUAAUAUGCGUGUAAUGGCUCAUGUCAACAGAGCGUUGCGCGAACUUUUCCUUUUAUAUCGAGUGGAUCCCCCUGCGUCCACAAUUAAACAAGAUGAAGCCAAGCAGCUGUCUGGCGCAGCUUCCAAAGAGAAAGAGACACGAUUUUCUCCAUCAGAUGAUUCCCUAGAUGACAUCCACAAGUUUGAGGACACAGACCUUGAGGUGCACACCAAGGACAGGCGUCCUUCCUAUAAGGUUGACUAUGAAUUAAAGUAUGAAGUUUCAAACUUCUUUUAUGGAGGGCUUUAUGGACCCUAUCCGUUGAUCAAUUCUCGCUUCUCACCAGAGCUUCUUUCUUUUGUCCCGUACUGCUUUCAGGACACGCUGCGGGAUGGACAUGUCACUAGCUUACCCAAGGAAGCACUUCCUCAUGCGCAUUUACUAAACAGGAUGAAGCGCGCUAAAGGGAGCAGCAUCUUUCUUGAGAGCUAUAAGGCUCCGAUUCCUCAAUUUCUUAGUUGUGCCUCUGUACUACGUAGUAGAGUGUUGAGCUUCGUGCUGAGCACCACUCAAGCUUCUUCCGAUCCUGUUUUGUUAUGUGCUGGAGACUACGAGGCCGAUUUGCUUUAUCACUGUGGGAUAACAUCCAUCCACCCCGAUGAAAACAUCUAUGGGUCAACGUCUCAUAGUUAUCUGAUUAUGUCCAUCGUCGAUGAAGACAUUCUUUACUCUAUUGUCGACUUGACCGAGCACAUUUGCAGUCAUCACAGUUAUGUCUCAUUAAUAGGACUUAUCAUUGUCGUUUCUCAGCAGUUUGUGCAAACAGCUAGGGAUUUGCAGUACCUCUACUCGCUCGCACAAACCCUGCCGUCCAUGAUUCAUCCCAGAGUCCUCUUGCUUGUUUUUCUCCCGCAUAAUUUCCUGGAAGCUACACCCUGUCUCCCUUAUCGCUACGAAGCGCUGUAUGUCCAUCCGCCAACAAGUACCCAGUUGCUUACUGUUGCAUCUUACGAUCUAAUCUAUUCAAUCGCAGAAUCUGACAUCGCUUCACGAGACAGUAGGCUUCCACUGAAAUUCCUGGCAACCUUUGAACCACGUCUCAAGUACGCCAGUUUGCUCACAAAGCAAUUACAGGCUGUAUUCAGAGACUCCCUUCUCACGCAAAAGGUCCUUGCGAUGGCCUCGAAGCUGAUGCUAGAUGGGACAUUCUUGAAUGCACAUUCGUUAAGGGUGCCCUCGUGCAGCAAUCUUUUGGGGGAUAUCUUUCUUUUGUCUGUUAACAUAGUCCUGGUGAUGCAGAACUAUGGUGAAAUAGAAGAUGCUUCGUUCAAGGAGGCACUACUAGCUGUUAUUUAUCGAUAUGUCGUUUCGCCGUCCCCACGUGACGUUCUGCCGUACUACGAUUUUGAUGCAGUACCACACACCCUCACUACCAUGCCUGCAGAUUUUGUCGAGUACGCUGUCAGACUCCUACAACCCGGACGGAUGUUGCUGGAGUUCUUGCUCCUGGGUGCAGAGAGCUUGGAAAGCGAGUAUAUCUAUACCGCAGUUCUUUCGUCUCUGCGAAGCACUCAGGUUGCAAUUGUAACAGAGGCACAGACCAAUGAGUUAGUGGCAUCAAACACUCACCUUCUAAGGGUCGGAAAAAGGCCACUUGUCCCUGUAUAUGCUUCAGCAUCAGCUACAUCUGACCUACCAAAUUAUGGUCAAGCUCUUGUACGUGGUGGCGACCUGCUUCUCUGUAGUGAGGCAUAUAACGCAUCAUCCUUCGCUGUUCACCUGGAGCACUUUGUCUCAACCCGCUGCGUCCGCAUGAUCCGGCUUUAUGCCACGGACAGCGGAUCAUAUAUGAAAAGCCUCAAAUAUGGCCUUCACCUGUUUAUGCUGCGCCAAAACUUGCACACGUCCCAACAGGCUGUGAUAGUAGAUUGCAUAAACGAUAAGUCUGCAAUGGAGAUAAUUGAGCGAGCAAUUUACCUCUGUGUGUACACCAAGUCAGUGGUGGCAGAUAAGGACAAGCCAAUCAAGCAUAUUGUGCUGCUACUUUCGAGCCAGCAAGCAACUCCUAUGCAUACCUCUUCUGGGCUCGGAGAGAGCGCAUCCUGUAUUGAGGUCCUAAACACAUCUGCCCGUGGAGAAGCUGCUUCUAAUGAUAGGGAUCUCAGGAACCUAAUUUUAGCACUAGCUACGCCGUAUGCUGAAAUAUUCAGCGCCUUGCCUCAAAGGCUCCGAACAGACUUUAUACAACGAACUGGUCUUCAUAGUUCGCGAGACAUCCAUAAUCUGCUAUUGUCUGUAUUCGUCCUAGUUGUAACGACCCCGGCAACCCUGGACUUUUCUCUCUCUCAAACCAAUGUCGUCCCCUUUGGUCUUGAAGAUUAUCCCAAAGCCUUAGGGAUCAACACACGAUUGUCCCUCCAGCUUUCCUUUAAUUUGGUAGACAAGCCUACUGAGAAGUUACAGAUUAGACAGAGGGCGUCUGAAGUCUCAGAGUACACUGAGGCUCGCCUUGGGAACAACGGACAUGCAGGCUACUUUGCAUUCUUAUUAGCAGGGUCACAUGAUAAUAUAGCGCUUUGUGCAAGCAUCCUAGCCACGGAAUUCCCGGUAAUGAUUCAGUGGGCACAGACCCGUCUGGGUGCCGUCUUUGCAGGGCGAAGCCACGGGUUCCUGCUGAAGGAUCAUCUACCAGUUAUCAAGGUCACAAAGGGCUCACUGGAGGAGUACCUGUCAUCACUUAUGUCCACCAAUGUUAUUGACAUAGCCACGUUCUUCUAUGAGGCCCUUAGGCUGACCGGCUCUCCUCAGCCCACAGCAUACAGUAUCGUGAUAUUUACGCAUUUCGUUCUUCAGGAAUUUAAAUACAGGCUUGCACGCUUCGUUGACUCACUUGAUCAAAUAUGCUGUAAUCUGCAAACGGCCCAAAAUCUUAGCUCAGCCUCUACUAAAGAACUUAACAGCGUAAAGAAGCAGUCCGACAUUGAAACACAGCAAGUCGAGGAGAUUGCAAAAGAGCUGAAGCAAGCAGACACAGACAUCACACAAAUGAUCAAGAGGCUGGUGUAUAAUCAGCGGCUCUUUAAAAACCGCCAGCGCAAAAUAGCCACCUUGACUGCUGAAAGUAACAGAUUGCAGAAGCUUAUCAGUCAGGCCCUUCCUAGACUGAAGACUGCAGUUAAUGCGGUGAAUAAGCUGACAAAAGAUGUUGUGGGCGGAAUAAAGGUCCUGAAGCAGCCGCCCUCAAGCCUCCGAAGAAUAAUUGACUGCCUAGCUAUAUUGAUGCAUGCGCCCCUAUCCAAAAUAUCUCACGACAUACUCCAGGUGACUCUUCCCCUAGUCUCACCUGACUUGAUGGACGACGAGCUCGCCCUGCAGCGCAUAUACGAUCGUGAAUCGAACAAAGCAUCGCGUCCGCUGCUCUUCUUUAUCGGCCAGGAAGUUAUUAGUCAGGUUCGCCGAAGAGCUCCUGUCCCAGACGACUCAGAGCUGGAUGAUAUGCAGGUAGCAAUCAACGCAGAUAUCGCGAUGAUGGAAAACCUUAGAUUGGUUAGCUACAGCGACUAUACCAAGCAGGUUGAAGAUGAGUGCUGCAGAAAGGCUUCGGACGCGCCUCAAGACGCUUCCUCUCAGCUCAGAGCUGCCAAGGACGCCUUUGUGGUAAAAGACCUCGGUAAGCUGCUCUCCGACGUUCAUGGAGCUUCUCUACUUGGGAGCACAUUUCAUGGGUCGGCUUUUAAGAAGCAGAUGUCUCUUGAACUCAGCUUUGCGGAGCGGCCUGAUAUUUAUAUAGGCAGGAAGAUUACCGAUCCUUAUCUAACGGCAAACGAUCUUCGCAUGAACAUCCCAAAGAUUCUAUCGAAUGUUGACAUGCUCCGGAGUGCGUCACACAUCUUCAGCUUCUCUGAGCUAGGUAACGAUAUUUUGCAUGUCCUACACCCGUUUAACUACGAAGAAAUAUACAAUUACGUACUUGCCCACGGAGCAUUUGUUAGCGACCUUACCAGGCCUAUUGAACUAGAGACCAAGGGGAGACGGUCAGAGAAGAAAUCAACUUACAACCUAUAUACCACAUACCGAUAUUCGUGCAUGGUAAGGGACCAGUGUGUCAUCAGCUCUGCUCCUGUUCUUGUGAACUUCCACGAUGGAACAACACUAGAAGAGAGCAGUGCAUCAUCCAAUGCCAUAAACGUGACAUUCUAUGCGCCCAAGGAUUCGUUUGAUGAGCUACAAUACUUCCUGCAAGCAACAGCCUUUUCUGAGCGGAUUUGCAGGUUUGAUCCGACGGUUCUAACAGACGAACAGAUAGAGCUGCUGGAACCGUACCUGGCACAGCCUGAUUUUAAUUACUAUUCUGCAGGGAAGAUUUCUCAACUUUGCCAAAGCAUGAUCGAGUGGCUCAAUGCAGUCGUUUCUUACUACAAGUUGGCGUGUGCGCUCCACCCUGUUUAUCAGCGCAACGAGUUUGUGCGUUCAUUCAUCAACAACUUUACUGCAGAAUCAGACAAUCUCGCUGUAAUGAUCCAUCAAGAUGAGGAAGCAAUUGUCGCGAUGCGCAACAGAAAAAAAGAGCUUGUCAAGGAGCAAGAUAGGCUAGGGGCUCGCGCCAAAGAUACCCUAACUCACGAGCGAUAUUCGCAACAUAUCAAAUCAGAAAUGACGGAAAAGUAUGACACAUGGCUGACAAACUUUCAAACAAUGUGCGGUGAACUGAGCAGUCUACUGAUCGAUGCUGUUGUGUACUCCACUUUUGUCUGUGGGGGGUUCACGGUAUGCAGUUCGUUCAAGCGUGCACUGCAGGAGUCUCGAGCGUCUCAAUUUUGCAAGGCCACAGUUCCUUUAUCCGACACCGAAAAGCAUCUUUUCUCUCAAUACGGAAAUACGAUUGUAUAUGGGGAUACUCAGCAUGGAACAGAAACCUCUAUGACACCGCACGCUCACAAGAAGUCGACCAUCAACUAUCUGCUAAACAUAAGCAAUGCAGCGCAGUCAUUCGUAAGUCAUUACAUAGACAGCCAAAGACAUACAAAAGCACGGCCAUGCGAUCCGGAGCAGUUUUCGCUAGAUGUCGCAGAUGCUUCAGACGAUGAUGCCUUAGACAAGUUCAGUGAGCAGGUGGCAGAGAGUGACUCCGCUGCAGUCUUGGCUCAGGGGCUUCACACUGACUAUGCUAUAUCCCUGACGACGGAUGUGCUUGCUAUCGCUCACAGUACCGGAAUCUCUCUACCGAAGACGUAUCAUAUUUUCGUCGAAGGGGAUAUGUUUACCUCCUUUGGCCUAACAUAUGGAUUUGUAACACAAAUAAGGCCUCUUACAGACAUCUUUCUCAAGCAAGACUUCUAUCCUCGAGUUGAUGUCACAGAUAGCUCCGACGGCUAUCUGCACACAGGUCUUCUUGGGCUUAUUUUGCACUAUCCCCUUGCAUUCUAUGCCAUGGGAAUAACAAAAGAAGAAAUUCUGCAGCUAUCGGCACUCUUCACAUGCCCAUUGGUCCCCCUGGUUUGGGAUCCUCGUGGACACUUUGAAGAAUUCCUUAUCAACCUCAAGGAAUAUAGCCACAUAUGUAGCCAGAAAAUACGAAAACUGGUGAACUCCAGCUACCUCUUGUCUCCUGACCAGCUUCGUCAGAUUUACCACCGGCUAGAGGAACCAGAACUAGUAGUGUACGAUUCCUUACCUGAAUUCCUUGAUUCCUUGUUAUCAGACUGUCCGUCAAAUAGGGCCAUAGGACACAGCUACUCCAACCUCACGGUUGCAUACAUUACGCCAGAUGAUUUGUUAGGGAAGACUCAACACAGCAAUAUGACACUAUCAUCAGUUCUUUCACAGCUUGUCAUGACAUCGGCUAUACGGGGUGUACGCCACCGAGUGAUCUUAGUCCUCAGAGGUCAUAGUCUGCAUGCUAUCCGCGACCAAGCACUUGAUUCCUUUAUCAGUGCAGACGCCAGUGGUAUUUUCGCACACUACGAAUUUUCUUAUCAACUGCACUACCAACUUGCUCGCUCAGUGGGACUCUCGUGUAAGGCCCCCUGCCUUUACCGGAACAUCUUAACCGAUGCUAGUGCAGAUCUUCUAGAAGCAUUUCUGGAUUAUGUAUUCUGCUUUACUCUAUACAUGCGAGCUGAUAGCACAGUCAAUAAAGAGGAUUACAUCGCGGUGCUUGUUUCUGCCAAGCAGAACGUUCUACUGGCCGGACAAAAAGUGGAGUCCAUUCUUGACAACGUGGAAGUCGUCAUCCGGAACUUUGCUAACAUAGAACAUACCUAUAACAUAAUUCAGCAGGUCCUCUGCGGGCAUUCAUUCACCGUUAAGCUUUCUGAUGGAGGGGACAUCGGUGUUGACAACCUAACCGAAAGGUCUCUGUCAGAGAGUGGUCUGGAGGUGACGCAGAUAAGCGUUCCGCUCUCAAAUCGCUAUCAGGAGACUACAGUGACACGAGAAAUGCUUUCAAAGUUGGCAUUUCUCUAUUCAUUAUUCUACGACAAAUCUACAACGGACUUGAUCAAUUACCAGCUAUACAAAACAGUCUCUCUACAUAUUAUGCAGGACCUGCUAGCGCCCCUGAACCUACGCACAUACUUCCUCGUAAUCUCGCUCUACGGUGCCCACUACCAAUACAAAAGUGUGCACCCGGGUAUUAUCAAUCUUCUCAUCGUAUUGCUCUGUGAGCUGGACAAACGUACAGACAUAUUUUUUGACCCUUUACAAUCAUCCAGCGGUACAGCCCACCUCGAGCUAAGAUCCUCUGGGCCAAGUAUGUCAACGUCAGCAACUGAGAGCGUUAUAACUAGCAGUGGAGAGUCAUCGGACAGUGAAGUCUUGGCUGAUAAGUUGUACUUCGUCACAGGCAGGCUCCUCACAAUGUUAUCAAGCUUGCCGUUACUUGACGCACUAAGACACGAAUUCAAGCUUACUGGCACCAACAUUAACUUUUGGAAGUGGUACAUCACCUACUUUGUGGGCAAAUGCAGCAGUGCACAGGCAUCUGAGGGCGCAUCUAAGGGGUAUCUUGAUCGUGACAAAAUCCUCUAUCCAAGCAGCUAUCAAGACGUGGUUGCAAAGAUCGCUGUUAGCUUUGGUGGUGGUGCCGUUCUAAGGGAAUCGCUUGCAGACUAUAUAGAUAUUAUAACCUUCUGCUUAUUUAGUAUCGGCGUCAAAAAUUACGAAGAGAUCUGCAAUCAGAGAGUGUCUAAUAAUAAUAAUAACAACAAGAGUCAGUUCAGUCCUCGCCUAAAUUCGACACAGGGGGUCUUCAUGAAUUGGCUGAUACACUCUUUGGACAUUUUGUCUAGGCAACUCACGGACAAUGGCUGUGUAAAGAACUUCCUCUAUAAACGGAAGUCGCCAAUUGGUCUUUUCCUCAACGACUCGUAUGGAGUGGGGAUAGAGGCGACUAUCUAUAGAGAGAUUAACUACUUCUUCAAGCGCAACAACAUGCUGAGACUGACACAGAAGCGGCAUGCUUCAAGUGGCUCUCAUGUUACUGAGCAGGCAUACAUUAGUAUCGACGAAACAAAUCAGGAUCCUCACCAGUGCAACAUUUCCACAUUUGUGCUUCCAUCUUCAUUGCACAUAGGCAGGACCUUCUCUCUUGAGACGCUAGUCCAUAUAUGGAAGUGUCUAUCGAUCUAUGAAUACCGGACCUCUGUAGACCAGUCUGUCUUUGAUUGCUUUGUGCAGGCCAACGAAGCUACAAGGAGGACAUAUUCCUUGACAGAAAUCACACUUCUUCCUCGCAGCUGGCCAGCUGCCGUGCGAAACGAAAUUAUGAGCCGCAUCAGUGACUAUUCCACAGGUAAGUGCAUGACAGGGAAGAGGAGUGCCGGGGAGUCAUCUGCAAACAGCGAGAGUAUCUGCUACAGAAGCAACGGAAACAAUCUAAUUCUCAUUGACUAUGAUGCAAAGGAGCUCGAGAAUAUGCACGCUUCCUUGCAUUUGCCUUAUACACAUGCACGGUCUCUGCGACGGCAACCCUUGCUGCCCAGUACUCUCGCAGAAAUAGUGUUUAACAGCGCACAGCUCAUCAAGAGCAACAUUUACGAAGGCGUCACUCAGAGCAAUACGCUUAGGCGCUUGGUUGAGAGUCAAACAUUCGCGCGAAAUGUGGACACGAUUCUGGUAUGCGUCAUGCUGAUAGCAUUUCGUGUUAGCAAGUUCCGGAGACUUUGGCAUCUUGGCAGAGAAAUACAGGUGUGCAUGGAAAGGAUGGGGUCUAGCCUUAUCCUAGCGCUCAACAGUAAUGCCAUCAAACCAGUGGCAGAGAGCACAACAAUCAUGUGGGCUAUAGCCUCUAUGUAUCUGCAGCAAACUUACCCAGAGGCUUGUCUCACCGUCAUGCAUACUUGCGUAAAAGUCACAAUAAAAGUCACAAUAGCAGAUGAGGCAUUCGAGGUCCCAAAACAGGAGUUCACAGCGCUCGAGAGUCUGAUUUUUCUUCUCCGGUGCAUGUAA